CGAAAACAACGGAACUAGGUGUGUUGUGUGGGUUCUGGGACAUUUUUUUUUGUUUUGUUGUUGAUUCCUUCUGAUUCUGAGACAGAGGAAGGAAGAACCAGCAACAGAGGAAUCCAAGUUCCUUCCUAGGAACCGCGAUUCCUCAUUCAUGCUUCUUCAACUUUCUACCUUCUUUUCCUCCCUCUAACUCAGGCAGAUUCUUUCUUCCCAAGGAGAUUAUAGCACAGUGCCUGGAUCCUUUUUAGUGAGUUGGCAUCAAUGUUGGGUGGAUUCGUAAAAAAAAUUUCUUCCACAAUGGUAGGCUGCGCUUCAAAUCCAAACAGGAAGAGUAAUGUCCAAAAAAGAGAAAACAAAAAAUUUAGAAAACAUGCUUCACUUGCUGACAUGCCAAAGAAAAGGCAUAGCAAUGCUGGAAGCCGUGUGGGAGACUAUCCCGUUGGUGACUUUAUUAACCUGGACUUUGAGAAGGGUGCUUCAGCCAAGGGCCGGAAAUCUGAUGUUUCUAACAUGAAAUUGUGUCUCGCCCAACUCCAACACCACAACCAUAGUAAAAAAGAUGCAAAUGGAAAAAACCAUGAGGAUGCCUGGUUUGACUCGGUUAGCAUUAUAGAAUCUGAAUCAGAUGAUGAUUUUAUUAGUGUACAUGGAGAUGGUUUUCCCUUUGUGAGUAAUGCUUUGGGAAGUGUCCCAAACACUCAGUUACUCCAAUAUGAAAAUGCAUCAUGCGUUGUAGAUUCAGGAUAUAAAUAUGAUGGGUUAUGUGAUAGCUACUUCAAAGCAGGUGAACCUGAGAGAUUUCUUUAUCGUCCUAGAGCUGGCCUUCAGAUUCUAAAUACAACUCAAGAGAAGCCAUGCCCUGGUUCUUGGUCUGCAGUUUCACCUUCAGUUUUCAACCUCCGCGGAGUAAAUUUUUUCAGAGAUAAGCAAAAGUGUCCUGCUCCAGAUUUUAGCCCUUAUAUACCAAUAGGUGUUGAUUUAUUUGCAUGUCCCCGGAAGGUAAAUCACAUUGCUCAGCAUCUAGAACUUCCUUCUGUCAAAGAACAUGAGAAAGUACCUUCCCUCCUUCUUGUUAAUAUACAGUUGCCAACAUAUGCUGCUAGCAUGUUCCCUGGUGAUGCUGAUGGGGAAGGCAUGAGCCUUGUAUUAUAUUUUAAAUUGUCUGAGAAUUUUGCCAAAGAUACCUCUCCUCACUUUCAGGAGAGCAUCAAGAGAUUAGUAGAUGAUGAGAUGGAAAAGGUGAAAGGGUUUGCACAAGAAAGCUUGGUUCCCUUUAGUGAAAGGCUAAAAAUUUUGGCAGGGGUGGUUAAUCCAGAGGACCUUCAGCUAAAUUCCGCAGAAAGAAAGCUUAUACAUGCUUACAAUGGCAAGCCAGUGCUUUCACGCCCUCAACACAAAUUCUUUAAGGGACCUAACUAUUUUGAAAUUGACUUGGAUAUACAUCGCUUUAGCUAUAUAUCAAGGAAAGCACUUCAUUCACUACGAGACCGUACAAAGAAUGUAGUACUUAAUCUGGGCUUAACUAUCCAGGCACAGAAGCAAGAGGAACUGCCAGAGCAAGUCUUAUGCUGCUUACAGCUGAAUAAAAUUGAUUUUGCUAACGAUGGUCAAAUUCCUACCAUUGUGGCUCUUGAUGAUAAUUAAUUCAUGUGGGCAUCAGGUGGCAAAUUGGGGUAAGACCCAGAUGAUGUCUAUGGAGGAAAAGAAAAGACAAGAUUGAGGGUUAUUUUGUAAAUUUAUUUACUUACAAUGGAGGAAAAGGAAGAGAAGCAAAAUUUAAGCAAUUAGUGCUUUCUCUCAUGCAAGUUUUUUUUUUUUUCUUUUAGUGUAUGGUUUGGAUUUGACCAUUUUGUCACUCCUUUGACAUCCCGUAGAUAAUAUAGUCUAAGGUCAUGUUUCUAGAGGUGGUCAAAUGGGGACUUACAUGUAAAUUUGCGAUUCUCCAAGGAGGAGUUGCUGAGUAGAAAGCAUUAAUUUCUGAUA